UGUUCACUCUCUUCUCAUUCUUCGGCUGAGUUUCGACUGCCAAGCACCUGAAAACCGCGUGUCCAGAAUAACAGUAACUUUCUCUUUCGUUGCAGACUUUAGUCUGGUCAACUGAGUGCUUUAGACAAACACUUUUAAAACAGAGGAAAAGAUCGAGCUGUUUGAAACAUUAUCUUCCAUUCACGCUCAAUUCCAUCCACGGUGUAGGCGCCAUGGGACACGGUGCGGAAAUGAACGGUUGCGGCAAGUGUCUCAAAUAUCUCAUGUUCACCUUUAAUUUGUUAUCACUGGUUGGCGGUAUCGUGGUGAUGGCAGUUGGUAUUUGGACAUGUGUAGACCACGCCUACAUGGAACAAUUGCUUGGCACUAAUUUGUAUAUGAGUGCUGCCUACAUUCUUAUCGCGACUGGCGUUGUGGUCAUCCUCAUCUCUUUUUUGGGAUGCCUCGGUGCCGUGAAAGAGAUCAAAUGCAUGCUUCUCACCUAUUUCAUAGUAAUGUUCGGCAUCUUUGUGACUAUGCUGGUUGGCGGUAUUUUGGGCUAUGCAUUCCGCGCCAACGUUGCUGUUUCAAUGAGGACGCGAAUGUACUCUUCCCUCGGCGAGUACGGCGUUACUAGAGUUGUAACUGAUGCCUGGGAUUUCACGCAAUCCAAGCUGCGCUGUUGCGGAGUCGAAGGCUUCGAUGGCUUCAGAAUCUGGAGGACGGAAAACCGAAACUUUAACAGCAAUUUGCAGGUACCUCUGUCUUGUUGCCAGAAAAUAUGGACCAGUGGCCAAAUUGGAAACACCGGAAUCAAUAGUGGAUUUAUAAAUACCGGUCAAAUGGACAUGGCCGGUCAAUCCUACAUGCCGUGUCAAGGAUCUCCAAAUAGUAAUACCGCUUACUUGACUGGUUGCUACGAUAAAGGUCUUGAAGCCGUCAAAGAUCAAGCAGCGAUUCUCGGUGGAGUAGGAAUAGGCAUUGCCUUUGUUACGCUAAUGGGAAUGAUAUUUUCUAUGGCACUUUUCAACAUGAUCAAAUAGCGCUAGGUGCGCGAUGGCCUCUUCACUUUCUUUUUCUCGAUUUCCCUCCAUCUUGAAGUAAAAAAAAAACGAACAACAAAAACAAAAAAGAAACAAAAAAAAAAGUGUGGUUGUUUUGCUUGUAAUUUUAGAUUAUAUUGUCAGUACGUGAUUAUUGUAUGGUGUCGAAUGUCAAUGCUGCAUCUGCAUGAAAUGGUGCAUUUUUUUGGUACUCAAAGUUUAUUUUAUUCCCCAUCACUACGGAUCCUAUUUUCCUUCGUUGGGUAAUCCGAGAUUCACGAAUUCAAAAAGAUCUUCAUGGUGACACGCAUGUGGACUGACUUGUAUGUGAAGGGUACCUUUUGACUUUCGCAGGACUAGCCAUAUUGCAGUUUCACCCUAGAAUCUGAAGUCAAUCAAUGUCAAUUUUAUGACUAGCAGGACUGCUCACAUUUGGCUUGAUACUCUGUCAACUUUUAGUCCUAGUCAGUUGGCAAGCACAUUCAAUAUAAUACACAUUCUCGGCGUAUUUUAUUUAAAAAUUC